CGUCCGCCGACCCUGCCUCGCGGACCCGAUCCCAAGAUGGCGGCGCCCAGGGAAAGGAGGGACGGCGGCGGCAGCGCGAGCUUGUGGGCCGCGCUGCUCCUGACUGCCGUAGCGUUGAGGCCUGCGGAGGCGGUGUUCGAGCCCAUGACGGUGGCAUUUGACGUGCGGCCCGGCGGCGUCGUGCACUCGUUCUCUCAGAACGCGGGCCCGGGGGACAAAUAUACUUGUGUGUUCACCUAUGCUUCUCAAGGAGGGACCAAUGAGAAGUGGCAGAUGAGCCUGGGGACCAGUGAAGACAGCCAGCACUUCACCUGCACCAUCUGGAGACCCCAGGGCAAGUCCUACCUGUACUUCACACAGUUCAAGGCGGAGGUACGGGGCGCCGAGAUCGAGUACGGCAUGGCCUACUCUAAAGCUGCAUUUGAAAGAGAGAGCGAUGUUCCCCUGAAAAACGAGGAAUUUGAAGUGACGAAAACCGCAGUGGCCCACAGGCCUGGGGCAUUCAAGGCUGAGCUGUCCAAGUUGGUGAUCGUGGCCAAGGCGUCCCGCAGUGAGCUGUGACCCGGAGCCCCAUCGGGGGGUGGCUCCUCCUUGUGUCGGCUGACGGAGCCAGACCCCGAGAGGGCUGCUUUCCUAGGGGGCACUGUUGGUUUUCUGAACGGGCUGACGUUGCCCCGUUCCAAGGGGUUCGCAGAGCAGCUGAAGCCUAGGGCAGAGAAGGGGGGCCAGAAAGCCGAAGAUGUGCUGGGCUCCUCCCCUGGUGCCCCCUGCCCUGCCCCGGUUCUCCACCGUGUUCUCCGGAGCACAGAGUGGUAAGACCCGCUGCUCGUCCAUCUUACCAGAAGACGCAUCAGGGCACAGAGUGGGGGCUUCCAGCAGGGGGGUUUCUGAAGCCAGUGGCUGUCUUCCCUGGGAUCAGGCCAGGCUCCAGGGUGCUCCCCGGGAAAGCCACCUCACCACUCUCUGCCCCCCAAGCCAGCUGUUUUCCGACCUCCCCAGGGGACCUCCUUUCAGACUAACUGGGAAGAAGUGAGAUGUUCUUUUAUAUUUAAAUAAAUAAGAUGAUUGAAAAACAA